GGGCCCCAGUAGGACCGUGUGCUGUGCCAGCUCUCGCAUGCUGCUCUGCUGCAGGCUCAAGCCCACGGGCAUCACCUAAAGAGGAAAGGAGCCCUGUUUAAAAGGUGUAUGGAGCUUAAGCUGAAACGCACAUUACACAUGAAUUUAGAACUAGGGGUUUUCAAACAGGAUGGACAUUUUCUUGUUAACUGCACGUGCAUCUGUAAAAAACAAACAUUACUGGAUGCCAGAAAAGAAUCGAUCAUCCCUGUACAGCCUUGGAACAUCCAAGAUCCUUAAAAAGGUUUGAGAGUUGGCCAUUCAGCCCGUCUUGCUGGUGUGGAUUUUAGUAGCUAGUUGAUCCAGGAUCUCGUCAGUCCUUGGGUCGGGAUGAAAGAAGGAUAUGGAACCACGCCGAAGGAAGACCUAGCAGCAAUACUGACUAAACAGAACAAAGAACACAAACUCAAACUGUUACCAGGUUGUCAGACACUUGGAUUUGGUUAGUACCUAGCUGUUCAUUUUUAUACAGGACCUAGAUAUAACAGCACUCUAAAUCUGGGAGCAUAAGAUUAUUAGAAAGCUGAAAAAAACCCAUCUGUCCUGAGUUCUGCCAUAUCUGUAGGCAGGAGUAAGAUGCCACUUUUGAGAGCCCGUUUCUUCCAUACAGUAUGUCCUUGGAUAUGUCUAAAGAAGGAAAUCCCUGAACGUACAGAGACUCUCUUUGUUUUUGAACAAACUUUAUUGGUGUCCGCCCAGAGCGGCGCUUCACGCCCCGCUGACUCUUCCCACUUGCCCUGCCAGCUUCCUGCCAGCGGUUGCUCCGCCCCCCCGCUCGAGUGCUUUGUGUGGCUGCUUUUGUUUUCCCCUCUGUGCCCAGACACGGUAGUCCUCCACACGUGAGCCUGGCACUGGGCUGCUCAGCAUCUCAAGGCCCUUGACUAGCAGCAGGCCGCCGCUCUGCAGAGGCGGAAAACAGGCUGGAAACUGCAGGGCUCGUAGUGGACUGAGGAGGAGCGUGGGACCCCUGAAAAAAACAGAAAUACAAGCAGGCGUCCAUACUGCAGCAGGCAGGAGUCCCCAUGGCCUCGCCCAAUUUAAGCAGUCCUACCGCCCAGCAGAGCCGGAGCAGGGUCACAGACAGGGGCAGGCUGGGGGCCAGCAGGGGAAAGGGCAGCCGCACCGUGAUGAGGGGCCGACAGGACCCAGGCACCGAGCAGCUGGAGAGUCUCCUCGACAAGCCGGAGCUGGUCAUCACAGAGCAGCCCAAGCAGAGAGGCAUGAGGUUUCGCUAUGAGUGCGAGGGGCGCUCGGCAGGCAGCAUCCUGGGCGCAUCCACCACUGAGCAGAAUAAAACCCUGCCAGCCAUCGAGUUGCGGGGAAACGUACAGCAGGUGAAGAAGAUGAAAGUGACCGUAUCCUUGGUGACCAAGGACAUCCCUUACCGCCCACACCCACACGGCCUGGUGGGUAAGGACUGCUUCGAUGGGGUCUGUGUCGUGACCAUCAACCCACGGACCAGCCGGAAGCACAGCUUCUCCAACCUGGGGAUCCAGUGUGUGAGGCGGAAGGAGAUCGACCCUGCGCUGGAGAAGAGGAGGAGUCAGGGAAUAGACCCCUUCCACAGUGGGCAUUCCAAGAGCAUUGAGGACAUCGAGAUGAAUGUCGUCCGGCUGUGUUUCCAAUGCGAAGUGGAGAAACCGGACGGGGAGAAAUAUUCCCUAAGCCCUGUUGUAUCUGAACCCAUCUAUGACAAAAAAGCUACAACUACAUCGGAGCUGAAGAUCAGCCGUCUGAAUGUGGUUCGGGGGCCGUGCACGGGCAAGACCGAGAUCUACCUGCUCUGUGACAAAGUCCAGAAAGAUGACAUCGAGAUCAUCUUCACUCACGGAGAGUGGAUGGGCAAGGCGGAGUUCGCGCAGACGGACGUGCACCGCCAGAUCGCCGUCGUCUUCAAGUCGCCGCCCUUCCGGGACCUGGACAUCCAGGAGGAGGUGGACGUCCAGGUGCAGCUGAGGCGUCUCUCGGACCACAUGGAGAGCGAGCCGGUCACCUUCACCUACCUCCCGCACAACCCCGACCCCUAUGAAGUAAACCGGAAGAGAAAAAUCGCUAAAGACGUGUUUGGAGAUGGAAACAGAGUUGCAGCACUGAGUCCAGCGCUGCCUGAAGCCUCCAGUUCCAGAUCUCACGGGUUCAAACAGUUUCCUUUCGGCACGCCAGACAUUCCCCUUCAGAUGUCCUGUCUAGAGGAACGUACCGUCCCGCACGCCCACUUUGUGGAAGAGAUGCAACACAACUUAAGCUGUGGUUAUGAAACCGAAACUUCGUUUUGUGCUGAGAACGACGGUUCAUCCUACAAUGACUACAAAAUAGCAGGAGAAAACUUAAACUCAGAUGAUAUUUCUAAGGUUUUUACAGCUGUGUCAAAGAUCCUUGAAAACCAGGGGUUUUAUUCUUCAGGGCAACAGCAAAACUCAACCACCGACCCUACGUUCAAUACUGGCACUGAUUUCGCUCAAGUGAGGCCAGAAGAGGGUCAAAACAGCAGUUAUUCAUUAACUGAUAUGGAUCAAAACUUCAAUAUGUCCACCCUGGACAUAGAGUUCCCUUGCUCCUAUUCUGAAAUGCUUCAGCCAUACAAUUAUAAUCUGACCAAUGGAAACCCUUCAUGUCUGGAACCGAUACAGCUACAGGAUCCCAGCCAAACUUCAUGUGUAGCAGACAUGGAGUGCAGGUUUCAGCACAGCGAUAAUGAGAGCCAGAAAAUGCCAAGAGUCAAGAAUGAAAGCAAUGAAUAAGACCUUAGCCCAUGCUGGAGAGUGGUGGGAACAAAGAUGUGAAUCACGUGUGAUGUGGCCCUUGUUCGAGGUGGCACGACUGUGAACUUCAGUGCCUGGUGUGUGGGUUUCUGCACGAGCUGCUUAUCAGACCUGUGCUGCUCUCCUUGAGCCCUGUUUCAGUUACAAUCAAAAACCUCUAAUGCAGUUUGUUACAACGACAGCACCCAAACAUGACAAAUGUUGUUUCAAAGACAAAAUCAGCAGCUUUCCUGGUUAGCUGUCCUUUAAAAACGGCACAGAUUGUACCUACUGUAGGUACAAAGACAAAGGAAAAAUUGAAUUCUGCUUUUUCUGAUUGUUACAUCUCUACAGAUCUCAAAUCAUAUACAAGCUGUACUGUCUUCAAUUUGAGUAGCUAGGAAGGGACUUCAGGGUGAGACAGUGCUGACGAGGUUACAUGCAUUAAACACGAUGUGAAGGGACAGCUGCCUGCCUGCAGCCUCCCAGCUGUAGCAUGUAUAAUAGGAACUGAAGAGCUGCUACAAACUGAACACAUGUGUUGCGGAUCAAAAGUCACUGAACAAAAGUUUUCUCAGUGAAUUUGUGAGACGUUUUUGGUUUUUAACUAUAAAGACAAAAUAUCAGACUCUAAAUCACAACCACUGCAGGACUUCCAGCGAGGCUUGUUCACCUGCAGGGGACACUGAUUGAACAGAGCAUCUCUUCUGGCUUUUGUCAGUGAAGUUGAUCACGCAAUAUCCACACAGAAACAUCUUUACAAUCCUUGUGAAGCAUAUUACAGCAGCAGUUAUUUUUCUUUACUGUGACUUAGAUGCUUUAUCAAUCAUCGAACAGUGCAUUACCCACCCAAAUCUUCAAGUAUUAAGCUAAUAAUUCUGAUUUGCAUUUCAUGUAUAUAAAAUGGGGCAGAUUAUUCAAAUAAUUAAGCACAAGGUGAUCAAGAAGCCACACUGAUAAAUGAUUGGUUGUCAACUGUAAAAUGGGUUUGUAAAAGUUUGUAAAUAUUGUCAUGCAAUUGUUGUCCUUUUGUGAUAUGUAGCCUUGUGUAAAACUCCUUCUUGGAGUUUUACAUUUAAUUGAAACAUUCCUCCAAUUUCACAGAAAGAGCAUUUUCAAAAUAAAUUUAAAUUCCUAAAAAACGUAUAAUCAAGCUCUACUGUAGUGUCCAUGUGUCUAAAACCUUAUAAAUACAGUCUUUCAAGAAAAUGCAGUUGCUCCUUCUGUACAGUAGUCACUGGUGGAAGAGGUUCGUCAAUCGAUGGCCCCACUGUCCUACUGCAUGUGGCAGACCCCAUGCGGAACAGUCAGUAAACUCGCAGAUCUCUCCUAACCAGCUUUUUAGAGGGUAUUGGAUCUGUCUUUUUUCAAUAAUGGAAAUUAGUAUAGAAAAUUAAAGAGGUUUGAAAAUGUGACAGCUGGAUUUUGUCCAUCAUGAAAUAAUUGGAACAUUAUGAGUAUUAAUGGCUUUAAAAAUCUUGUAAGUUCUUUGUAAUGGGUAGUGUUUACAGCUUUUUAGAAAACUAUGCACAGCAGGCCAGAGGGAUCUUUAAUCAUUUAGCAUUUUCUUCUCUUCCAGUAAGCAGAACUUUGAAUGAAUUGGACAGACGUGAUUAAGACAGAUGUCUUGUUGUACAGUAUGUCCUUUGAUUUUAUUUUUCCAAGAAAUUAAACUUGCAUCCCAGACUUAACAGA